CGGGCUGCUGUGUGUGUGAGUGAGAGAUCGACGGUGCCGCGCCGACCUUUGAUUUCGACGCUCAGCCACAAUGUGCACGCAAACAGCGGCCAUCGAGUCCAUGAGCUCAACGGACGCAAGUCCGCAGCGCAUUCUCCGCUAAGAGCCGACUCUCAUCUUCAGUCUAUGCCUACUGUACCAGUUCCGUCUUCUGGGAGCAUCUCGCUCAGCUCGCCUCUCACACGCGCUUCGUUGAACACCAUCCGCGCUGCCCUCGCGUCGUCCUGGUUCGAUUCCGAGCCUGCUAAUGCCUUUGAUCCCGCCGAGAAGCAUGCGGCCGUGCUCGUGCCGUUCUGCAAUGUCGAUGAUACGCCGGGAAUCCUGCUCGAGGUGCGCGCCGGGAAGCUGAGACAUCAUUCCGGAGAGGUGAGCUUUCCCGGAGGGAGAGUCGAUAAGACGGAUAGCAGCCCCUUGGCUGCCGCCCUUCGCGAAAAUAAGGAAGAACUAGGUAUCAAUCCGGAACAAGUGGAGAUACUUGGACGAUUUGGCCCCGCUCAAAAGUCUCUGAAUGGACUACGAGUGUGGCCUUACGUCGGCUUCAUUCAUACCGACCCACGCAACGUGCCCGCAUAUCAGGAGGGCGCUGUAUCCGAAGCAGACGGACCAUCGCAAGAGCCUUUCCCUUCCUUGCCCUUAAAGACCCUGAAAUUAAAUCAAACCGAGGUCGCACACGCAUUCCACCUCCCCUUUUCCGCGAUUGUCUCGCCGACGCGGGUCCGUUCCUACAAGUUCCGCGGCGUGACGCCAUACAACGCGAUUAGCGUCGCGGACCUUGUGUCAGGACCACACGCGAUGCAUGCAGACGUGGGCACGGACGAGGAGGUGCAUUGGGUCAACGACCCCCAGCAGCGCGACGAGAUCGGCGGCGGGCGCGAGGGGCGACUGGAAGUGUGGGGACUCACCGGAUGGUACCUCACCGAGCUGAUGCGUAUCUUGGGAGUGUACCGCCAGGAUCCAAUAGGCUAAAUGUGCCAAACUCUCCAUUACGACCACCGAUGGGACUGGACACUACUAGAGUUUUUAUUUAUUGAUGAGAAAUUGCCAUGCCCCCCCCCCCCCCAAA